AUGGAUCCACCAAUCAGAGUCAAGGAUUUGAGAUCACAUCGUCCCGGGCCAUGUCGGCGCGAUGACUCAGCUUGGUCGCCUCAGGCAUCGACACCACACCACCCGCAAAAUCCAGCUGGGUACACGACAACUUCCUCCUCCCUUCCCCGUCUCCAUCCACUCUCCCCUCACCACCUCCCUCCAAUUGACUCCGGUCCAACCUACCGACCCGCCAUGUCGUCUUUGUCCAUCUUCCGUAUCGCGACCCGCGCCGUCCGCCCUGCCAACUUCGUCCGCGUUCCUCUGGUCCGCUCCCGGGUGCAGACCCCCAUCACCAUGGCCGCCCGCGCCCGCACUUUCGGCACCACCGCUAAGCUCUCCUCCGGCCACGAGGAUGAGACAUACGAGGAGUUCUCUGCACGGUUCGAGAAGGAGUUCGAGGGUGUGCAGGAUGUUUUCGAGCUUCAGCGCAACCUGAACAACUGCUUUGCUUACGAUCUCGUUCCCUCCGUUGAGGUCCUCACCGCAGCCCUUCACGCCGCCCGCCGUGUCAACGACUACCCCACUGCUGUCCGCGUUUUCGAGGGCAUCAAGGCCAAGGUCGAGAACCAGGACCAGUACAAGCAAUACCUCGAGUCCCUUGAGGGUCUCCGCCAGGAGCUCGGUGUUGCUCUUCGGGAAGAGCUCUUCCCCCAGGAGGAGUAA